AUGGCCGUUGCGCCGAAUGUUUUGCCGCCGUUUGCGGCGAUUUUACCCGGCCUUCCCCUCGUAACAGAAUUCAAUUGCCUGGACGGUGUUCGUUGGAUUGCACCUUUAGGCAACGCCCCGGAGUCUAUCGUGGUCUUUCUCACAUCACCAGCGCCUCUUGCGCCCGGCAUUUGUCUUGGUAUCUAUCUUGCCCGCGAGGACGAUGGUGCCUUUUUGUAUGUGGGUCACCUGUCAAAUAUGCGGCCUAGCACUAUCCUGCGUGUGCCGCCGGUAUUGUUGAACGUCGACUUCCCGGUGCGGCUGUUGAUUGGUAUCAGCCAAGAGAAGGAGGAAGAUGUGGCGAACCUGGGCGCAACGCAGGAGCAGCCGCUGCAGCAAGAACAAGCAGCGACAAGACUGGCAAUGGCAGAGCGUAUUGUGGAAGAUUUAUUUAAUUUUGUCAUGUCAUACGGCCGGGUUUUGUCUGCGGAUCCAACGGAUGCGCAGUCGGAAGAAACAGUGUAUCUUCCCGCCUCCUUUGUGAGCCGCUGGCGGGAGCGUGUGUUGACGAAGAUGCGAAAAGACGCAUCCUUCUGGAAUUGA